GCCGGUGGCGCCGGGGCUGCCGGGGCCGGGGGCAGGGCGGCAGGUGGCUGCCCGCCGCCGCUGUCGUUCCCCCCGCCGCGCGUAGGCUGUGCCGGGGCGCUGCCGGGCGGCCCCCGCCGCGCUGCUCGCCCGGGCCUCUGGCGUCGACGGGAGGAGCCGCGAAGGUCCUGCCCCGAGGAAUGGCUGCGGAUGUCCACAAGAAGAAAGGCUGGGAAGUGCCCAACGGGUCCCUGGCACCAGGAGACGGGCAGCAUGCGGAGCGGUCCGAGAGCCCCACGCCAGGGCUGGCGCAGGGCACAGAGCCAGGGGCGGGCCAGGAGGGAGCCAUGUUUGUGCACACCCGCUCCUACGAGGACUUGACGAGCCCCGAGGACGGGGCAGUGGCGGCGCGGAGCCCGGAGGAGAGGCAAGGGGAGCCGGCCGGGCCCAGCAGCAUGGAACAGAUCAGCAAGGACUUCAGCGAGCUGAGCACGCAGCUCACGGGCAUGGCCCUCGACCUGGAGGAGGAGAUGAGGCCGAGCAAGGAGGGGAAGCUGGAGCCGUCCCCGCAGAGCACCCGCCGCGACUCGGUGCUGUCGGGCAAGGAGGAGGAGGACGUGACCAUGGACGCCUGGCGCAUGCACCGCAAGCACGUGUUCGUGCUGAGCGAGGCGGGCAAGCCUGUGUACUCCCGCUACGGCUCCGAGGAGGCCCUGUCCAGCACCAUGGGUGUGAUGAUGGCUCUGGUGUCCUUCCUGGAGGCCGAGAAAAACGCCAUCCGGUCCAUACACGCAGAUGGCUACAAGGUGGUCUUCGUGCGGAGGAGCCCGCUGGUACUGGUGGCAGUGGCGCGGACCCGGCAGUCGGAGCAGGAGAUCGCCCACGAGCUGCUCUACAUCUACUACCAGAUCCUGAGCCUGCUCACCUGGACCCAGCUCAACCACAUCUUCCAGCAGAAGCAGAACUACGACCUGCGCAGGCUCCUGGCCGGCUCCGAGCGCAUCACCGACAACCUGCUGGACCUCAUGGCCCACGACCCCAGCUUCCUCAUGGGCGCCGUGCGCUGCCUGCCCCUGGCCGCCAGCGUGCGGGACGCUGUCAGCACCAGCCUCCAGCAGGCCAAGGCCAAGAGCCUGGUGUUCUCUAUUCUGCUGUCGGGGAACCAGCUGGUGUCUCUCGUGAGGAAGAAAGACCAGUUCCUUCACCCCAUCGACCUCCAUCUGCUCUUCAACCUCAUCAGCUCUUCUUCCUCCUUCCGGGAGGGUGAAGCCUGGACUCCCAUUUGCCUCCCCAAGUUCAACUCCAGCGGCUUCUUCCACGCCCACAUCUCCUACCUGGAGCAGGAGAUGGACCUGUGCCUCUUGCUGGUCUCCACUGACCGCGAGGACUUCUUCACCGUGUCCGACUGCAAGCGGCGCUUCCAGGAGCGGCUGCGGCGGCGGGGGGUGCACCACGCUCUGCAGGAGGCCCUGCGCACCCCCUUCUACAGUGUGGCCCAGGUGGGCAUCCCCGACCUCCGGCACUUCAUCUACAAGUCCAAGAGCUCUGGGCUCUUCACCAGCCCUGAGAUUGAGGCACCCUAUGUGCGGGAGGAGGACAAGGAGAGGCUCUUGGGGCUGUACCAGUACCUCCACAGCCGGGCUCACAACUCUUCACGCCCCUUGAAGAACAUCUACUUCACAGGCCCCCGUGAGAACCUCCUGGCUUGGGUCACCAGCGCCUUUGAGCUCUACAUAUGCUACAGUCCUCUGGGGACCAAGGCCGGGGCCAUCAGUGCUGUCAACAAGCUCAUGAAGUGGAUCCGCAAGGAGGAAGACCGACUCUUCAUCCUCACGCCCCAGACGUACUGAGGGCAUGGUGCCAGGGCAUGGUGCCAGGGCAUGGUGCUGGGGAGCCCUGCGGUGCCAGGAGCCCGGGCCUGUGUCCAGGGGAGGGGUGUGGUGGGACCCUGGAGCAUGGGGGAACCCACCCAUGGGACUGUCCGACUUGGCUGUUAGUAACGGGGUGCUCAGCUGCCAGGGAUGGUGGUGAGCAGGACAUUCUCUCAUCUGCAGGCAGUGCCCCCAGCUUGGGGGGCUGAGCUUCCUCUGCAGCCCCCAGCUCCAUUCCUUGUUGCGAGGGUCCUUGAGACAGGCUACAGGUACCUUGGAUUGUUGGAGGGGAGCUGAGCCACCAAAUCCUGCUGCCUGUGCCUCCUUUCUCUGCCAUCCUGUGGCUAUGCCAAGGAGGGGGUUCCCUGGGGAGAUGUGGCAGCUCCCAGGGGCCCCCUAUGCUGCUGUGCCCACAGAUGGCAGGUGAUGCUCUUCAGGCAGGACAGGGCUGGCCCAGGGCACACACUGCUCCUUUCCCUGCCCUGGGAGAGCUGGGCCCCCCUCAUUGCCAGGAGGCCCCUGCCCUGGCAGGUUUACUCCCUUGGCAUCUCUGUGAGCCCCAACCCUUCCCACUACGGCCAUGAGAAGAAUGUCCCUGGGGACAACGGCAGGCAAAGUGACAGGUCAGUGACAUCCUGCCCAUCUCCCCAUAGACACACAGAGCAGCCCCAGAGAGUGGGGGUGCUGGAGUGCCCAUUGGGGUGCUUGUAGGCUCCCAGUGCUGGCUCCUGUGGGCAAGGGGCCCUAAAGGAGCGGCUGAAGCACAGCCCCAAGCCCAAGGAGGAUCUUCCCCUUGGCACAGGGGCACCUGCCCCCCAAAGGCAGCCCCUACACCGAGUUUGCUGUACCGGGGCUGCCUCCUCCCUGGCUGUUCCCCGGUGCUGGUGUGGGGCUGAGCACCCCUGAGCAGCACACCAGGCAUGGCCCAGCCCCGAGCUUUGGGACUGGCAGCGAGCACUGACGGGUGUUGAAGGAGGGGCAGAGGCACCAGCAUGGCACCCUGACAGCAGGGAAGGGCCCCACAGGAUGAGCACAGGGUCUCUGCUCCUGUAUUUAUGCUCCUGCCAGAGUGUAACCGCUUGUCUUCGCUCAUAAACAUUAUUUGGCCCCUAA